AUGCUGGCGAAACCGACCCCGUUCGCCGGGCGCGACGGCACCGCGAAGGCGCGAGGCGGUCAAGGCGCGACGAACGGCGCGCGUACGGAGCGAAAGAAGGGCGUGGCGUGGACCGAAGAGGAGCACAAAAACUUUUUGAUCGGGUUACAAAAGCUUGGAAAGGGCGAUUGGCGAGGGAUCUCGCGACACUUUGUCACGACGCGGACGCCAACGCAGGUGGCGUCGCACGCGCAAAAAUACUUCAUCAGACAGACGAACGUGAGCAAGAGAAAGAGGCGCUCGAGUUUGUUCGAUAUCGUGGCGGAGCCUACGGAGAACGGCGAUGGACACACGAUCGUGCAUAGAUCGACGGCUGAUGCCGCGAACGCGAGCACGCACACCAAAGCGGUAGGCGCUCGGGCGACCAACGGCGUGCACAAGAAGACGCAGCACCACACGGGCGGAAUGUACGUGAAUCCGCGCGAGAGCACGAACGCAACGAGAUCUGUGGAUGUACAACAGCAUCGCGUGACCGGAAGCGCGUUGACGACGUCACUGUCGAAUUUGGCGGACGUGGCGUCCCGUGAGGCGCAUUACGUCGCAAGCCAUCACAUUACACAACCAGUUGGCGCGAUAUGGAUGCACAACGCUACGGCGAGGGCGCAGAAUCAGCAGGAAAUGGGCACGAGCGCGGCGAUCAAGAUCGACGAGGAGGUUCAUCCCACAUUCCCUAUGAUGUACGGUUUCGGUACGCCCGUGAACGCGUACAACCAAGCCAUGGUGCAAUACAUGGCGCAGUUGCAAGCUUUCGCACCGCAUAUGGAAGGCGGCGAGAUUGGCCAGCUGAGCCACAUCAACCAGAUGAAUCAGAUGGCUUGGAUGGCGCAACAGAACAUGGCCUAUCAGAUGGCGGCGCGUAGCUACGUGGCUCAGGCCCAGCAGGGCGCGCAGAACAUGAACUUUCGCCGCCCCACCGCGAUAUACGCCACCAAGGCGACACAAGCCAAGAUGAACUCACAAAACAUUGCCGCGAGCGGGGCAUCGUAA